GUAUUCCACCACUCAAAAUUAACUGACCAGAGAGCUUCUGACCAGCACAUUUCCCUGCUUAGAAGUUUCUCCAAGGGGCUACCAAAGAUGAAGCCACUGUAUUUGAUCUUUGGCCUCUGGAUUCUUAUAGUAUGCUUCCCGGUGAGUGAGGGUGACAGAGGCCAGAGGAGACAACAUAAUCCUAGAAGACAACAAGAUCCUUCAACUCUUCCUCAUCAUCUCUGUCUUCAGCCCAAUGGUGUGCAAAUGAGACUAACAAGAAAUUUACCCCCUAGUACAAUAACAGUUGAUCCACCUCCUUUUCUUGUUUGUAUUCCUGGUUUUAUCAGUGGAGCAGUAUUCAAUCAACUAGGUACAACUGAAUAUCAUUAUCAGUGUCAGCUAACUGCUCCAGACCCUAGAUCUCUAAGCAAUCCUCCUAAUCAACUUCAUACCACAGAACAAGCAAAUACAAAAACAGAUGACAAAAUCUCCAACACUACUGCGACUACCCAAAAUUCCACUGAUACUUUUUGAAGGUGGUGGCAAAUAAUAAAUUCCUUUUGGCAGUUAGAAUAGCAUAAAUCAAAACACUGUGUAAUUUUGGGAGAAAUAAUCUUGAAAGGCUUGAGAAACAACCUUUACCCACGGAUUAUAGAACAUGACAAUAAAGAGCUGAGCAGCAUUACACAGCAUCUCCUGUUGUCCUCAUUGUGACGACGCACCACCUACUGUGUUAUUUGUAUAAAAGUAAUCCUUCCAGAAACCUUGUUCCAGAAGGCACAGUGGUCAUUUUGGGAAAUACAACUGUAAUGUACAAUCAUGAGAACAGAAAAAAUAAAAUAGGAUGCCCCCUUGAGUGUCAACCAUGAAAUAAUUAAUAACUACAGACCAUGAUGUAUAUAUUAAAAGUAUUUCUCCACACAGCAUGUUCCUAGAAAUUAUUGAGUAGAAUAGUAUCAUUACAUUUGACCCAAUGAGUGUUUUACCUCAAUGCAUUCACACAAUUUUACAUGAAAAAGACUUAAAAAUAUAUUACAUGUGUAUACAGCAUUUUCUAUUCAGACAUGAUUCCUUUAAAAUCUAGUGCACCUAUCUUACACAGCAUUCAUAUCAUCAGUGAACUAUCACAAAUUCAAGGUUUGGUUAAUGUGUAUAAGAACCAAUAAAAUUUAAAAGAAAAUUAUAUAUCAUUUUAGAUGAAGUACUUGAAUAUAUACAACUUAUAAAGUCAACAAAUGCUCUAGAAAUAGAUCCUGAAAGUUAC